GUUAAUUACAACAAUAUUCACGGUUCUUUCCCCUUUCGGGGAACCACUUGAAGAUACUUAUCAUCAUUUCCUGACGUUGUUCAUUAUCUUUAUUCAAGGGCAAAAUAGAGAAACAGGGUAUGUACGAGUCUCCGCUACAUGUGGAGCCCGGUGCUGGGCACGGCCGCCUGCCAGCGCCACUACGGAGCUUCCGUCACCAGCUCACACGUCUGCACCAGCGGGGACCACGGCAAGGGCACCUGCCAGGGAGACACCGGCGGACCACUCGUCGUCGAAAUUGCUUCUGAAUUGCGAAGAGUUCUGAUUGGUGUGAACACAUUUGGAUUCGGCCACACGUCGUCCUGCCAGGCGGGGCUACCGUCAGUCUACACUCGGGUCACCUCCUACUUGACGUGGAUCAACGCUCGUAUCUAAACAUAUCUUUAUUUCGAUAC